AUUUUCACCAGGAAUAUGUUCUCCGGAAAAAAGGACAAAUCUGUUGAAAGACAAAUGCAGAUGUUUGAGAUCGAAAUGAUGCAGCACGUGUUUUCCAACAUGACAAAUAGCUGUUUGAAGAAAUGUAUUCCUGCGAAGUAUUCUGACGGAGAUCUGACUAAGGGAGAAGCGGUCUGUUUGGAUCGAUGCGCCGCGAAAUUUAUGCAAGCCUAUAUGCAAACGACAAAAAAGCUGUCUACAAUGACCGCUGCUGAUGCUGCUUCAACACCAGCCUAG